AUGGGGUUCUCAAUGCAACCAUAUGGAAUACAAUCAAUGUUAAAAGAAGGACACAAGCAUUUAUCAGGUCUCGAUGAAGCCGUUCUCAAAAACAUCGAUGCUUGCAAACAGUUGUCUGUUAUCACUCGCACUUCUCUCGGCCCCAACGGUAUGAAUAAGAUGGUUAUUAAUCAUCUUGACAAACUCUUUGUCACCAAUGAUGCUGCCACUAUUGUAAGUGAACUUGAGGUUCAGCAUCCAGCUGCCAAAAUUUUGGUCUUAGCUGGCAAAGCCCAACAGGAGGAAAUUGGGGAUGGAGCUAACUUAACCAUCUCUUUUGCUGGAGAGAUACUUCAAAAUGCAGACGAACUUAUUAGGAUGGGCCUGCACCCUAGUGAGAUUAUCAGUGGUUACAUUAAAGCAAUCAACAAGGCAAUUGAAAUCUUAAGCGAACUGGUGGAGCCAGGUUCUGAAAACAUGGAUGUGAGGAAUAAGGAGGAAGUUAUUUAUCGGAUAAAGGCUGCUGUUGCUAGCAAGCAAUUUGGACAAGAAGACAUUCUAUGUAACCUUAUUGCUGACGCAUGCAUCCAAGUGUGUCCCAAGAAUCCAGUAAACUUUAAUGUGGACAAUGUCCGGGUUGCAAAGCUUGUGGGAGGAGGUUUGAACAAUUCUUCAAUAGUCCGUGGUAUGGUUUUGAAAGGUGAUACUGUGGGAACCAUAAAGAGAGUGGAGAAUGCAAAGGUUGCUGUGUUUGUUGGUGGUGUUGAUACCUCUGCAACUGAAACCAAGGGAACUGUCCUAAUUCACUCUGCUGAGCAGCUAGAGAAUUAUGCAAAAACUGAAGAAGCUAAAGUUGAGGAGCUCAUCAAGGCAGUGGCAGAUUCUGGUGCUAAAGUAAUUGUUAGCGGAGCAGCUGUUGGAGAAAUGGCAUUACAUUUCUGUGAACGUUACAAACUUAUGGUUCUAAAGAUUAGCUCAAAGUUUGAACUGAGAAGAUUUUGCCGCACCACUGGUGCUGUUGCUAUUUUGAAGCUUAGUCCACCCAAUCCAGAUGACUUGGGAUAUGUAGAUUCUAUUUCGGUUGAGGAAAUUGGUGGUUCUAGGGUCACUAUUGUGAGAAAUGAAGAAGGUGGCAACUCUGUAUGCACUGUGGUGUUACGAGGAAGCACAGAUAGUAUACUGGAUGACCUUGAAAAAGCUGUUGAUGAUGGAGUCAAUACUUACAAGGCGAUGUCUAGGGACAGUCGAAUAGUACCUGGAGGGGCAGCUACUGAGAUUGAGUUAGCCAAAAGACUCAAAGAAUUCUCAUUUAAAGAAACAGGAUUGGAUCAAUAUGCUAUUGCAAAGUUUGCUGAAAGUUUUGAGAUGAUACCUAAAACACUGGCUGAGAAUGCUGGGCUCAAUGCAAUGGAGAUCAUAUCUUCCCUCUAUGCUGAACAUGCUUCUGGAAAUACCAAAGUCGGCAUCGACUUGGAAGAAGGUGCUUGUAAGGAUGUAUCAACCCUGAAUAUCUGGGAUCUCUACGUCACAAAGUUAUAUGCUCUCAAAUACGCUGCAGAUGCUGCCUGCACUGUAUUGCGAGUGGACCAGAUUAUAAUGGCAAAACCAGCUGGUGGUCCAAGGAGAGACGCUGCACCAGGUCCUGGAGGGAUGGAUGAAGAUUAG